AUGGUUUAAUUAUUAAACUCAAAAAGAUCAAAUAAGUAAAUAAGCAAAUAUUGCUCACUUACUAGCUUAUAAAACUAAUUAUUAUAUUCAAUUAAAUUAAAGAGUUACUAUCAAAUAAAUUAAAUAUACAAGGCAAUCCUUUUUAGGAGUAUUUUGGAUUCCAAAAAAUAUAGAUUAUUUUAUUUCAAGCCCUUAUACUUGUUAAUAAAAAGAAAUAAAGAUACUUCUAGAUGUUAAAUUUCAAAUCAAAAUACCCCACACGACUACAUAAAUUGGUCAUGGUUUUUGUUUAUAAUAAGAGUGACUCGAUAGAUACUUAUAUUAGGAAUUUAUAAACUUGAUUAUGAAUUUGAAUCAUUGUAUGAAUUGUGAU